UCAAUGAUUAUGUCAUAAUGUCACAAAUGUAUCGCUGAAGAACGAAAAUAAGUACCUACAUCGUUUGUGAAUUGUGAUUGAAUCGAAUAUCUAAACAAUCAUGAACAAAUCGACAGAGAAAUUGUCUUCAGACAAGUCGUCGGUAGACUUAACUACCCUGUAUUCUCACAAGAGAUAUUUUAUAAAUAACGUCGAUUCGUACCAUGGAGAGUUUUUCUUGAAAGAAGUGGCAAAGGUGUUCGAAAAAGAUAUUGCACUACCCCCAUCGUCAUCACGAAACACCUCACAAUCGAUGCUUGGGGAAGAUAUGGUAGUUACAGAACCCCCUCCGCCUGAACUGCCCUACGAAAUUAUUGGAACCUAUGCUAAUGAAAGUACAAAGCGUAUGGAAAAACUAACGAGGAUCGUAAAGAAAGAAGAUAGCAUACGAGAAAUGCUGACAUGUGGCACGGUCGUAUUUGAUAUCAGUGUGGAUAGAGAAGAACUUAAAUUGGCAAUGGAAUAUUUGACAGUACUGAAGGAGUUGCUAGAAGCACAAGCACCCGUAGACGACGAUGCUGGUGAACCUAGCGUCGUUACCAGCCCUGACUUCAAAAAACGCUACUUAAUUUUAAUAUCCACCGUUAUGACUUGGGCUUCCACCAGACCAUUAGAUCCGGAUAAUACAGAGGUACCUUUCGUAGAAACAGAUUUCCGGAAAAGAAAACCGCAUCCUAAUUAUAAAAUGCAUUACGACGUAGAAAAUGAAGUGAUUGGCAUAGCUAGAAAAUACAGAAAACUUAUUGGAGCACUAGUGGUAGCUACAGGAGUGACCUACGGAGGCAAGGAAGACGUGCUCUUCUAUUGGUUUCAAAAGUCUUGGGAGUGUGAACCGAUUCUCCCUAUCCUAGGUCGAGGAAACAAUUCAGUGCCUUUGAUAAAUAUACUGGACUUGGGGUCAAUUGUCCACAACUUAAUAGUGGAUUUCCCGAAGAAGUUAUACAUAUUGGCAGUAGAACAGAACGUUUCGAAACAAAGAGAUAUAGUGAAACCACUCGGACGACAAAUUGGUUCUGGAAUGUUCAAAUGCAUUCCACCAGAAGAUGCCUUUUUAAUUCCAGAAAUCGAUCAAAGAAUUUACGAUUUGAUGACUCUCAAUUUAAACAUGGAGCCAACUUUUAUCGUUGAGACAAUGGGACUGCAAUGGACUUCCGAAGGGACCUUCGCUGAUAACAUACCCGUUCUUAUGAAGCAAUUUAAGAAAGAGAGAGGAUUGAAACCAUUUAAGAUUCUCGUGUAUGGUCCGCCUAUAUGUGGGAAAACAACUUUGUCAAGAAGUCUUUGUGAUACUUACGGUCUUAUUUACGUUUCUCCUGAAACUGUGGCUCAAGAUUUGCUGGAAGAUUUAACAUGGCGCGUUAACCAUUGGGAUAUUGGUGAAACCGCAGCAAUAUCUGAACCAAAUCCUGAGGAAGAAGACAUGGGAAUGGAUGAUGAAGACCAGGGUGAAGAUGAAGGAAUACAGGAACAAGCCAGGCAAACCUUGGCUUUACUCCAAUCCGGUCGUCCGCUUACCGAUGAAGAAAUUAUGAUGUUCCUUCGUCAAAAGUUGUUAAGUCGUGAGGCUGUCAACAGAGGAUGGGUACUUGAUGGAUUUCCCAUGACCCUAGCGCAAUGUCAAACAAUAUUUGAAAAAGGAGAUGAGCAGGAUUCUGAAGCCGGAGAAGAAACUCGUGAAGAACCGUUUGACGAAGACGUUGAUUUGUAUAGCAGUGUGCUAAAGAAGAUAUUACCAGAUAUUGUAGUAUCGUUGGAGGCUACCGAUGACUUCAUUUGUGAGAAAGCUAUGAGACAGCCGGAAGGGUACUCUCGUCUGGACGAAGAGACUAUACUAAAAAGAUUAAGUGAAUUCCGAGCUGGUGAUACUCGAGAAAAUACUCCGCUUAAUUUCUUUGACGAAUUGGACAUACACCCAUUAGUAGUUCCUGUGAGAGACCCUACAGAUUACGGUAUGCAGGGCUCAUACACAGCCGUCUCACUGCGAAUGGGUCGACCUUGCCGCUAUGGAAGACUUCUAGAAAUUAUUGAAGCUGCUGAGAAGAAAGAAAAAUGUGAACAAGAAAGUUUGAAAAGUAAAGAAGCGAAAGCUUUGAAGGAAAGGGAGGAAAAACUGAGAACCGAACGCGAAGAGAAAAUGGAAUACUGGACGGAGUUAUACGCAAUGAUGCGUGAAGAAGAAGAAGCAGCAUUGGCGGCUGCUGGCGAACCUAUGCGCAAUUACUUGGUUCAUCACAUCUUCCCAACCCUCACUCCUGCUUUGCUUGAAGUCGCCAAAUUACGCCCUGAUGAUCCUAUCGAUUUCCUAGCGGAAAAAACUUUCAAGUUAAACCCACUUGGUAUGGCGUUGGAAGAAAAAUGUGAAUUACACGAUGAAAGGACGAGAUUGGAGAACGAAUGUACUGACGAAAGGCCCAAGGAGGCCACUUUACAAAAUAAAGCCGAGGCAGCCGUAAACGAAGAGUCUGUUGAAGAGAGUCUUGAUCGCCAAUAUGUUGACAAUCUAGGCGGCUAUAAAUAUUUUUAUUAAUUAAAAAUCGCCUUUAUCUGUAUUACAAAAGGCUUUAUUUUGUUAAAUUGAAAUUAUAUGUAUUUUUUUAUGCGUCAGGUAGAAGACUACCUGACUUCUAAAUUAUUAUGUUAGUUGGGGUUGUGCCAGUUUUGUUUUGUCUAUUGAUUGUUUAAUUUAAUUAUUUUUAUGUUACUAAAUAUUUAUUUUGUUUAAUGUUAAAUAAAAUUGCUUUAUUUACCUAAUCAAUGUUACCUACCAUUUGAUUAACUUUAUAAUACCUAUCUAUACUUAUACUUACUCUUCGUUCUCCAAAUAGGACUCGUUGACUGUAUACAAACAUUUUAUAAGAGACUGUAGAGGCUAUGACAGACCCUCCUCCGUAACGUCACAAAACCAUUUUUUCUAUCAUUAAUUUUCAAAAUCCAGUACUUAUAACUUACUGAAUUAUCUUAAUGAAAAUUGUCACACCCUAUUAGUGCCCGAGCUUCAUUAAGUUAUUUCUAAUAGAGUCCUAAAUAUCUCCUGAGUGAUAUAUUUGUUUGGUAUCCAUCAGGCGGAACACCUAUUCAAGCUGAAUUCGACCGGUAAAAUGCUUGAACCAGGAUAUAAUUUACAAGCGGAGUAUUUACUGGGGAAAAUUAAAAUAUUGGACGACGCUUUGAAGGAUCUCGACAUAAUAAUUGAACCGCUAAUUAC